AUGGUGGAAAGGGAGGGCCAUAUAAAAAUAACCGAUUUCGGAAUGUGCAAGGAAGGCAUCAUUGGAGAUGCAACUACUAAAACUUUUUGCGGAACUCCCGAUUAUAUUGCGCCAGAGAUCAUUCUCUACCAACCCUACGGGAAAUCGGUUGACUGGUGGGCGUUUGGGGUGCUAUUGUUCGAAAUGUUGGCAGGGCAACCACCAUUCGAUGGAGAAGAUGAGGAUGAACUCUUCACCGCCAUCACAGAACACAGCGUUUCAUAUCCGAAGAGCCUAUCGAAAGAAGCCGUUUCAAUUUGUAAGAUGUUACUUAACAAAAAUCCUAGCAAGCGAUUGGGUUGCUCGUUAGACCUCAGCGCAGCUGAACUGGAUGUGAAGGAGCAUCCCUUCUUCAGGCGGAUCGACUGGCAUAAAAUUGAGACUCGUCAAGUUCAACCACCUUUCAAACCAAAACUGAAGUCGCCAGAUGAUGUGUCCAACUUCGAUUCGGAAUUCACCCAUGAAGCACCACAACUGACGCCAAUUGAUCGCCUUUUUCUCAUGAAUGUAGAUCAGACCGAGUUCGAGGGCUUCUCCUACGUCAAUCCAGAAUAUGUGCAAGAGAUCUGA